AUGGGUGGACGGAUGGAGAGCGUGGUAUCUACGUUGAUGCAUAAUGUAGACGGUCUCCAAGCCAUCGAUGGAGGUAAGCAAAAAGAAUUGUCAUGGAUCUUUGAAGCACGUGCAAACAUGCGAAAGUUUUUUUUCAGUCGACUCCCUCCUUUUGUUGCUUAUGAAAACGAAAAUUCAUCACUGCUAAAUUCCUCACAUUGGUAA